AAAUUUAAACACUUGUCCUCCUCCCCUGCCCUUUUCCUUUUCAUCUUACAACCAACCAACCACCUCUCUGUCUGUCUGUCAGUUGAAUUGAAUUGAAUUGAAUGGCCACGGCGGCGAGGUUCAUCAAGUGCGUGACCGUUGGCGACGGUGCCGUGGGAAAAACCUGCAUGCUCAUCUCCUACACCAGCAACACCUUCCCCACCGAUUAUGUGCCGACAGUGUUUGAUAAUUUCAGUGCGAAUGUUGUGGUGGGAGACAGCACUGUUAAUCUGGGCCUUUGGGACACUGCAGGUCAGGAGGAUUAUAACAGACUCAGGCCACUCAGUUACAGAGGUGCAGAUGUCUUUUUAUUGGCUUUUUCUCUCAUUAGCAGACCCAGCUAUGAAAACAUCUCCAAGAAGUGGAUCUCAGAGCUACGGCACUAUGCCCCAACUGUCCCCAUUGUGCUGGUUGGAACCAAAUUAGAUCUACGCGAAGACAAACAAUACCUGAGUGAUCAUCCAAAUGUUACACCCAUCACAACUUCUCAGGGUGAAGAACUGAAGAAGACUAUAGGUGCAGCAGUUUACAUUGAGUGUAGCUCCAAGACUCAACAGAAUGUUAAGGCUGUAUUUGAUGCUGCCAUUAGAGUUGUUUUACAACCUCCAAAACUGAAGAAAAAGCGAAGCAAGCAACGACUGUGUGUCUAUCUAUAGACCCGCUUCUUGUGCAUUUACAUGUAUAAUGUUCUUCUAUGUAUAACGUCUAUUUGUUUUGUCAUUUAGAACUUUAAUUGUUGUAAUGUAAUUCAAAGUUAUCAAAUGGUUUCCUUGUUAACCAAA